AUGGUGCAUGUAAAUUUUGAUCCACUAAAGCCGUUCAAUUUUGAUCAAUUUGGAGCUGGCGCCUUUGAAGGCCGACUCUACCAGCGAGGAUUUGGCAGGCAAACAGGCCGCGGACUCGGAAAUGUACUCUCAUCAUUUUGGCGUUUUCUGUCACCCGUUCUGCGCGACAUUGGAAAAGAUGUGGGAAAGGAAGCUCUGCAUACCAGCAGUAAAAUGCUAAACAACCUGGCAGAAUCCAAUAGCACAAAUGAAGUGAAGGGCGUCUUGAGGGAAGGACUUUCGUCUGGUGCUCGCAACAUUCUUCGCAAGACCUCGACAAGACUUGCCCAACAAAGUGGUAGUGGGGUGAAACGCCGAGGACGCCCUCCGAAACUUGGACAGCCACAAAUGAAACGACAGAGAAAAGAUAUUUUUGGAAGUUUUUAAAUCUAUUUAAGGAAUAAACUUUCGUGUUUUUGACUCCGUCUAUAGUCACUGUUGAAAAGAUGAAAAAAAUCGACGCCCGUAGUGUGGACACGGUCAGCUCGGCCCUCGACACCUUCUCCCUUCCGCCAACAAAUAUUUCCGUGGGAACGUCAAGAAUCAAUGAAAUUCUCACCCUCAACCCCAUCGAAACGCCGCCAUACCGUUUUCGAAUCGAGUCGGGGCAGAGUUUUGUUGAUCUGAGCAAGGUGGGGGAAGUUGUUUUUUUCUAAAACUGUUGAUUCUGUAGGUGUAUUUGGUGACUACGAUGCGUCUCACGAAAAUGAAUGCCGAGGGAGAGGUGGAAAAUAUCACGGCGGCGGAUCCUGUGGCACCGAUUAACGCAAUCGGAGCCACCUUCAUCUCCAACAUGAAGGUCAUUCUGAAUGGGCAAGAGAUCUACAACUCCAACGGUCUGAACAGCUACAAGACCUAUCUCGACCUCUUGUUGACCUACCCAAAAACCUCGGUUGACAGCUACUUGUCUGCGGUUGGGUGGUAUCACACAAAGGCGCAGGACGACGUGAAUGACCCCGGCUUCCAGGCGCGUCGGGCCCUCUUUGUGGACGGAGAUGCGCAGUUUGUGACAAAAAUAUUCAGCCCCUUGUUCACACAAUCGCGCUACCUCUGCAAUCACUCCACACUAGAGUUGGAGAUUGAGCCCGCAAAGGAGCAGUAUUGUAUUGUCGCACCGAACGCUAACGACCAAAAUGCGUACAGUUUGGCAAUUAUCAGCUGCAAACUCUACACAAAAACCCUGGAUCUGACGGACGGCGUAGGAGUGGGCUGGAACGCCGCCCUUCUCAAGCAGCCGGCCUUAUACCCGAUUCGUCAGGCAGAAAUGAAGCAUUUCUUUGUCUCUCCUACACAGACUGAAUACGUUGCCACACUGUUCACGGAGCAAAUUCCGCGGCGUAUAACCAUGGGACUCAUCCGGAACGCCUCGUUCAGCCCAGCAUCCCGGAAUUCUCCAUUUAAAUUUGUGCAUGGAAAUGUUAGAAGUAUUACAGUGUCCGCAAAUGGCCAAAACUACCCUAGCGCAGGGUAUCAGAUGAAUUUUGCGGAAAAUCAAUAUAUUCGCGCCUUCCACGACCUUCACGAGAAUGUUGGAUACGCAUUUGCGAACGAAAGCAUGUCCAUCGACAGAAACAUGUUCAAGAAUGGCAACGCCUUGUACGUCUUCAAUUUGACCACAGACCAAGAGGAUGGAAAUUCGUUUGAUUUGAUUCGUCGUGGUGUAGUGACUGUAAAGAUCCAAUUCACCGAAGCCGUGCCGGCCGGAGGAUAUGUCCUGAUCGUUGCGGCCGACCACGACCGUGUUCUGAUGGUUGAUUCUUCACGUUCGGUGAAUACCGACCUUACCCCUUGA